AUGGCAACCGUCCUCCUCAUCCUUGACGUCCAAAACGGGGUAAUCGACCGCCUCGACAAUACAGAGCCCUACCUCGAACGGCUGUCGUCAGCUGUUAUUUCUGCACGCAAGGCCAACGUGAAAAUCAUCCACGUCAUCACUGGCUUCCGUCCAGGAUAUCCUGAAAACAACCUAAACAACCCAUCUAUGCCCGCUGUCGUCGCACGUGGUGAAUAUAUCGAAGGCCACUCGUCGGUGCAAGUCCAUCCAGCCAUUGAACCUGUAUCAGGAGAAGUGGUGCUCACCAAGCGUCGUGUUUCCGCCUUCUUCGCUACGGAACUUGAUAUGCUUUUGCGCUGCGGAAAUGCCCAGUCUAUCGCUGUCGCCGGCUUGAUCACCAGCGGAGCUGUGCUAUCGACUGUUCGCCAGGCAAUGGAUAUGGACUACCGUGUUACGGUUUUGGAGGAUUGCUGCAUGGAUCGUGAUGAGGAGUUGCACCGUGUGCUAAUGGAGAAGGUCUUUGCGCGCAAGGCGGAUGUUGUUUCGGCCAAGGAGUGGGCUGAGCUUUCCAUCGUGAAAGAGUGCUAA